UAGCUUAUUGUGUUGGUACCCAUGUCUCCUGGAGAAAUUCUAUACUGCAAUGUAAAAGUGGAGAUGCGUGUUUCCCUUUCCUGUGCUGAAAGGAAUUGGUGGUAUGUUGCUGUGGACACUGACAGUAGACUUUUGUCUCUUCCUACAGGCCCUCUUAAUGCUGCUCAUCCCAGGUUUGAAUCAAGAAGACCCAUGUCCUUACUGGACAUGUUUUUCAGUCGUCAUGCCAGGAGAACAAUUCAAAGCGUGGCAGGCUGCUUGAAUUUCAGAGGUGGUCAUACCUCUGCUAGUAUACUUCUCAGCUGGCGCUUAGAAAAGGGAGACUUCAGGUUGCCGAAAGAGGAUGACAAGCAGUUUGACAACUGAAUGUGUUUGUCCUCCAUUCACAUCUGAAAGGAUGGGGAAUUCCAGAGACACAAGUUUCAGGGAAUUUGAGGUGCUUACAAAGAAACCCUCAAGCCAUCCUGCUCUCUCGGCCUCAAGCGCUCUGCUUGCAUCCUCUCUCUCACCUCCAGGUAAUAAUGAACUCCAGAAUAGAGGACUGUUGAUACUUUAAACAGCUGGAGCAAAUCUCAACCAUAAGCUGUGCAUGCCAGUGCUGAGAAGAGGGAGUGAGAAUCAGCACCCUGAAGUGAUGUACUCCACUAUCUCCAAGGAGUUGCAAAGAAGAGUAGCUCCAGGCUUCCUUGUUGGGAAUGUGCAUUUAAGGUUCCAUAGGAAAACCUGUGUAGCUAAUUGAGGACACGUGUGACCAUUUGCAUGGUAAAAGAGCAUCAGCAAACGUGAAAAAAUGGGCGUAAAAACCUUUACUCAUAAUUCCCCUGCCCACAGCCAGGAGAUGCUUGGGAAGCUUAACAUGCUUCGCAAUGAUGGACAUUUCUGCGACAUCACCAUUCGCGUACAGGACAAAAUCUUCCGGGCACACAAGGUGGUCUUGGCAGCCUGCAGCGACUUCUUCCGCUCCAAACUAGUUGGCCAAGCUGAAGAUGACAGCAAGAGUGUAUUAGACUUGCAUCAUGUGACAGUGACUGGCUUUAUACCCCUUCUGGAGUAUGCCUAUACAGCCACACUAUCUAUCAACACAGAAAAUAUUAUUGAUGUCUUGGCUGCAGCCAGCUACAUGCAAAUGUUCAGUGUUGCCAGUACAUGCUCAGAAUUCAUGAAGUCGAGCAUUUUAUGGAAUACGCCCAGCAGCCAACAAGACAAGGUGCUAGAUGCAGGACAAGAAAACAGUGCAAACUGCAAUUUUACCUCUCGAGAUGGCAGCCUUUCACCGGUUUCUUCGGAAUGCAGUGUGGUGGAAAGAGCCAUUCCUGUUUGUCGAGAGUCCCGAAGAAAGCGAAAAAGCUAUAUAGUCAUGUCUCCUGAAAGUCCACUUAAGUGUAACACACAGACGAACUCCCCCCAAGUGCUUAAUCCUUCAGCUUCCUACACAGAGUCCAGAAAUCAGCCAGUAGACUCUUCCUUAGCUUUUCCUUGGACUUUUCCUUUUGGAAUUGAUCGAAGGCUUCAGUCUGAGAAGGUGAAGCAGGUGGAGAAUUCUAGGACUUUAGAGUUGCCUGGUCCAUCUGAGGCAACCAGAAGAAUUACUGAUUAUGUGACAUGUGAGAGCACAAAGGCCAGUUCACCUCUUGUGAUUGAAGAAGAUGUGCGUGUCAAAGUGGAAAGGUUAAGUGAUGAGGAAGUUCAUGAAGAAGUAUCGCAGCCUGUUAGCGCAUCCCAGAGUUCUCUCAGUGAUCAGCAGACAGUCCCAGGAAGUGAACAAGUUCAGGAAGAUCUCUUGAUUAGCCCACAGUCUUCCUCUAUAGGUUCAAUAGAUGAAGGGGUCACUGAAGGAUUGCCCACACUUCAGAGUACCUCUGGCACUAAUGCUCAUGCAGAUGAUGAUGAUCGGUUGGACAAUGUUCAAUAUCCCUACCAACUCUACAUUGCCCCUUCUACCAGCAGCACAGAGCGACCCAGCCCAAAUGGCCCAGAUAGACCUUUUCAGUGUCCAACCUGUGGGGUUCGAUUCACCCGUAUUCAGAACUUAAAACAGCAUAUGCUUAUCCACUCAGGCAUUAAACCAUUUCAGUGUGACCGUUGUGGGAAAAAGUUCACCCGAGCUUACUCGCUAAAGAUGCAUCGCCUGAAGCACGAAGGUAAACGCUGUUUCCGGUGCCAGAUAUGUAGUGCCACUUUCACUUCCUUCGGGGAAUAUAAACACCACAUGCGGGUUUCCCGGCAUAUUAUCCGCAAGCCUCGGAUUUACGAGUGCAAAACAUGUGGCGCCAUGUUCACCAACUCUGGAAAUUUAAUCGUUCACCUGAGGAGUCUGAACCAUGAAGCGUCAGAGCUAGCAAACUACUUCCAGAGCAGUGAUUUCCUAGUCCCGGACUACUUAAACCAGGAGCAGGAAGAGACCCUUGGGCAAUAUGAGCUAGGAGAGCAUGGGUUUGAAAGCAACUCCUCUGUCCACAUGCCUGUUAUUUCACAGGUCUCUUCGACUCAGAAUUGCGAAAGCACUUUCCCCUUGGGGUCUCUGGGUGGGUUGGCAGAGAAGGAGGAUGACAUGCCGGAGCAGCCAAAGACUAAUGCCAGUGCCGAGGCAACCAGUGAUGACCCCCCGAAAUCAGAGCUGUCCUCUAUUACUAUUGAAUAAUUCAUGGUUUGGUUUCAUUUUUGUUCUUUGGAAAGUGCCUGUGUUUGGUCCUGUACAUUUUAAUUUAAUUUUUUAAAACAAAAGGAGGGAGAUUUUCCCUUUUUACUUUGUAAGCUACACUUUAAACAGAAAACUGCAACAGAUGUUACAUUAUUUUUCAUGACUGACUCAUGAAUUCUGUGAAAAUGUUUUCAGACUGAAUGCACAAUACGGUCCUGUCAGAGCAUCAUGGAAGCUAUAAUGCACUUCUAAAGAAGAAGCAAUCGACUGAAAUCACUUUAACUUCCUUCUUCCAGAAUUAGAACAGCUCAUUAAAUUUCUAGUGCUUCUGGAGAGCCGCUGGUAAAGGGAGAGAAUCAGAAGACAAUUUUAAAAUCACCAGUAUAAGGAUGCAUGCUUGCAAGCAAUUAAUGAGCAGAGUUUUGACUAACUUUGAAUAGAUGCUUUAGUCCUCUGCUUAAAGUAUGGCAUGUCCUAUCUUUGUCGUUGCUGUUUUCCAAACUGCUUAUUAUAACCCUUUUCUUGGAAAUGGUAAGCAUUUCUGAAAGCUAACAGUGCUGCCUUUUAAAAAAUGUUUCUUUACAGCAAUUUCUGAAUCCCUGUUGACAAACUGAGUGACACCAGGCCAGGUCCUCUCAUUUCUGAUAUUCCACUCCUUUUAGAAACUGCUAGUUUCAAAUAAGCUAUCAUGAUUUGCUUAUAUGGAGCAAGGCAGACAGUCAAGGAAAGUAUAAAUCCGUGCAAGCCUGACUAAUCUGUCAUCACAGCAUCUCUCUGUAAAGGAAACCACCUUGAAAAAAAGAAAAUGUGUCCCAGACUAAAAUUCUAAAACUUUGGCCAGACUGCUUGCAGUCCUAGUCACUUUCCCCUGUCACACAUAUCACUAACCUCUAAUAGCUGGCUAGAGGGAGUUUACAGAAGGGAAAAAAUGAGUUAUUUUAUGCGUGAUUGCACACUUUUUUGCUUAUACAUAUGCACAUAUGCUUUCUGGGGUUGUUAUUAUUAGUCUGUUUUGGACAAAUCAAGCAAUUUAUUGUUUUUAGAGUCCAAGUUUCUAUCCCAACAGGGGGUUGUUUAUAAAAACUCUAUGUAACAAUGAUAAAUUGUUCUUGUUCCAACACAUUUUAAACCUUUGCCAAGUUAGUUUAUUAAAGGUCCUUACUCCAGCUAAGUACACAGCUCAAGCAAGCAAUAAAGUGAAAGAUUUUCAAUUUAAUUUUUUUUCAGAUUUAGAAAAGACUGCAAAUUUUAGGUAUGGGAUUUUCAGAGCAGUGAUUCUCAUUUUGUUGCAGGUAGUUUGGGCUAUAAUAAUGCUUAAACUAGGGGCUGUCUAAAUUCUUUGGCUGCUGCUGAAAUUAACUCUGAUACACAAACGGCUGUGUCCUGCAACCUGCUGAGAGCUUAUGUAUUACCUGCGGGUAGUAUUCUUAGGGCAUGUAUCAGCUGCCCUUCAUUUUAGUUCUGCUUAGAAAACGUAUACCUUCUAGACGGGUCAUUCUGACGCACACAUUUCAUUGAAAGAGGAAAAUAGAGACAUUGGGGAGGUAAGGAGCUCAGACAGUGUGAUUAGUGAGUGGGCAAUGACUUCAGCAAUUCUAAUGUUACUGUAGAACUAUGAAAUAUAUGCUGAUGUAGCUAAUCAUUGUAAAGCUUGUGGCACAUUGGUAAUAUUUUAAAAGGCUUCAGUGGUAACAUGCUUACACGUUUCUAAUGCUUCUUUAAACAAGAUUUCCUUACCCUGUGCUUAUUUAAAAAAUUAAUAAGAUUCCCAGUUUUUUUUCAAAUUAUUGAAACUUAAGUUUUUUGGUGGGUUUUUUUCUCAGAUCUGCAGAAAAUUUCUCAACUACAGUUCAUCUUAUAUGUCUCUCUUUUUUAUAAAGGGCUUAGAGUAGAACUAAUUUUUAUUCAUGGCACUGUUCUAUGAGUCCAGUAUCCAUUGGAGGGACUGGAUCAGAUGACUGGUCCUCUUCCACUUCUGAUUUCUGUCCUUAAAAUCCAGUGACCGGACAAUGUCUGUUAAAUAAUCCUCUUGCCACCACCCCUCCCAGUAGUUCAGAAAAAAGUAGGAUCUGGUACUAAACUAAUUCAUGAUCCUCUUUAUUUAUUACAAAAGCAUGAGUCUUCCUUGUACAUGACUGUUUUUAAUCAGUCGUAAGUUAAAAAGCCCUUAGGUAGACACACAAACUCAGACUUUACAGCUGUCCCACUGAGAAUAAUGUGUAAUGAAUUAACACAUCACAUAAGGAUGGCCUUAUUCCUUCUGCCAAAAAAAAGGUGGUUUUCAACCUGGGCAAAAUAUGUUCUAACACAUUAUUUAGUGGUCAUGAGAGGUGCAGAUGCAGAACACACAUACCUAGAAUAACUGGAUUUUAGAAGAUUUGAAAUUGUCAGAAAGUUAGCUGCUAUCUGAAAUGCUGUGGAGAACACAUUAAAACUUGGUAGCUAUAAGGUCUGUAUUGUAGCUCUGAUCUGUUCUUUGGUUGGUAUUUGUAAUUGUUUCCUCUUAACAUAUGUAUCCCUUCUCCGUAGAGUUGAGUCCAAAUGAAAUGCACAUCUUGUUUCAUUUCUCUUGUCCCUAUCCCUUUCUCCCUAUCUUUCUGGAAGUGCUCAGUUCUUGGGAAUACUAAUGUCCCUCCCAGAAGAAAUUUAAAACAGUCUAAAAUUUUACAUCAAGCCCUAUUGCUAGAUAUGUAGGAGAUAAAUGUCUAAAUAAACUGAAAGCAGCAUGCCUUAGACUACACUGGGGAUUAAACCUGAAACAACCUCUUUUAAAGAUAUCGGAGGAGUUGGAUUCUGGGAUUGCUUUUUCUAAAAUAGAUACUAGGAAUUGUUAUAUUUUUGCUAAAUUGUAAGUUUGUUUUGAAUUUUUCACAUAGAGGGGAUUCAGUUUAGUGAGGCAGUAGCACCCCGUGCAGCAACUGUUAAUUCACAAGUGUUCUCCAGGUGGUUUGAACGUGUUUUCCUUUUGCAUAACCUUCUAGUGCACAGAGGGGCAAUCUGAAGAUUUAAGCGGAAAAUCCUCCCUUGCCACCACGGAACGUGGAUGGUUCUGCCAUAUGGGAGUGAGCGGGACUCAGGGAUGUGGGUCUGCCUUCUGUACAGAUGGAAUGGUACAUUGCUUCAAAGUGGAGGGGAGAGAGCCACCUCUGGCUCCACACGGGGUGAGGGUCAGCAAGGCCCUUCCCAGCCGCACAGGGAGAUAGAGGAAGAAUAGUUGCUUCAGCUGUGCGCUGGUCAAUGUGGCCAAGUAAGAAUUUCCUUUUGAUGCAUGCCCACGCUGCUCCUAUUGAUGUCAACGGGGACACGUUCACCUUGAGGAGAGUAAGCUUUCAGUACAACUUCAGUGGCAGUUUUCUGCUGCAGUUUUAUUAUCACAGGUUCAAAUAGUUGUCCCUGUUGGUUUGUUUUUCUCACUGCAGUUUGAGUUCAGUUGUCAGGCUAGCAAGCACUGUGGUCAAGUCUCUCAUACUGAGAGUUUAGUUGACUAGAUCUUUGAAAAUGGUUCUGGUUUUCACGAGGCUGAAAGGUGUGAACUUAAACUUUUUAAAAAAGUAAUAGCUGCCAAUGCAGUAAAAUAUAUUUUGUAAAACUAUGGUCCCUAGAUCCCUUAUGGGAUAAAAUGGUAUUGUUUUUAAGAUACAACUUUACGUUUUUCUAUGUGGGCUUCAGUCACUUCUUGGUUGCUGGUUUCCCCCUCCAGUCCAAAGACUUUAGAGCAUGAGAAUUUUGCCAACCUCUUUUCAGGGCGUCUGCUAUAGCAUUUUAUAUUCAAUUUGGAGGGGGAGGGACUUUGUGCAUAGUGCAUGGAUUGGCUGGCAUAGGUAAUAAACAAAUGAAGGGAGCACCUUCUGUUCCUAGUUAAAUGUGGGCAGAAGUACGUACUGUCACACCAUCAAAAAUGGGGGCGGACUGGACCUCAGCCACAUCAGAGGUUACCAGCAGAACAUAGUUGGUGCAAAAUAUUCAGAGGGAAUAAACCGUAAAAUGUGAACUUAAAAAAAAAAAAA